AACAAAAGAAAAUCUAGUCACGUUCGGACGUGUUUUGUUAUUAACAACGUAAACUUUUUUUUUUAUUUCCAACAUAUGAAUGUAUAUGUGUACACAUUUAAUCAAUAUAAUUAAGUAGGAAAUAUCAAUUCCCAAAAUUAUAAAUGUUUGAAAAAGAUUCGUCGUAGCCGCGGGUUUUUCGGUAUUAGAAUGAAGUAAGCAAAAUGUUGUAUUGUAACGAUUCCUGUUGCAUCAUAGUGUGACUUUGAAUUAAUUGUAUUUAUUUAAGUAAAAGCGCAUCAUUGUGAUGGUCAGUGAAGUGAACCGAAUGAGAGCACAAUUAAUAAAUUGAAUAAAUGAAUGAGGAAAAUUCGUGAUGGUGUUUAACAAUUUAGUGAAUUUUAUGGAAUAACGAAAAAUAAAAGAGAAGAAGAAGAAACAGAUAAACAAAACGAAAUUAUAGUACGAUGAAGUGCUAUUUAGGUUGUGAAUUAAUUGAAAAGUUUUAAGGAAAAAAAUGAGUUCAUUUCUAAUGGGAUAUACACACCACGUACAAACCCCAAUGGGUGGUCCAACAAAUGAACCAAAAUAUCAACCGAACGAUGACUAUCACAGUCAUAAUGGAUAUGGGUUUUCGUCGGGCAUAACGCAAAAUAAUUCGGACUUUAUUCACCAUCAAUCGAACGGUUUGCACCAAAGUGCGAACAAUUUUAAUUAUUCACAAGGGAUUAGCGGACAUUUUUACCACCAUCAUGGAUAUAAUUCACAAGUACAUUCAUCGUCGAACAAUGGAUAUCCGGGUGGAGGCUAUUACGGCGGUUAUUAUGCGUCGUCGGCUGGACAUCAGAUUAUGGAUCUGCCACUGCAAUGUUCAGCAGCAGAGCCAAUAAACACAGCAUUAGGAUUACAUGAAUUGGGAUUAAAGCUGGAAAGACGGAUAGAAGAAGCUGUUCCGGCUGGUCAACAACUGCAAGAAUUAGGAAUGAAAUUAAGAUACGAUGACGCCUGCUCAGAUAAUGACGAUAUGUUGGAAGAGGAUAGACUUAUGAUGGAUCGAUCGCCGGCAAUCGAUGAAUUAGGAUCCAAUUGCAAUGAUGAUGAUUGUGAGUCGGAUUCGGAUUUGGAUGAAGAUAUGGAAACAACGAUAGAAGGUGAACGAACCAUUUAUCCGUGGAUGAAAAAGAUACAUGUGGCUGGAGUUGUAAAAGGCCAAUACCAACCUGGCAUGGAACCGAAACGACAGCGUACAGCGUAUACUCGUCACCAAAUCCUAGAAUUAGAAAAGGAAUUCCACUAUAACAAAUAUUUAACGAGACGAAGACGAAUAGAAAUUGCACAUACGCUUACGCUGUCGGAAAGACAAAUUAAAAUAUGGUUUCAAAAUCGUCGAAUGAAGUUCAAAAAAGAUAAUAAAUUACCAAAUACGAAAAAUACGAGAAAGAAAAAUGGUGAUUCAAACGGUGGCUCGGGUGGGAAAAAACCAAAGAGAAAUAACAAUAAUAGUAAAAAGGAGUCCGUACAAAACGAGCGUAUGUGCUCCGACAGUCUUGAGAGUUUAGGCGAUAUAACGACAAAUCCACCGUAUGUACCAGCAUCAGAAGUUGCUGAAAUGAUGGGUCAAAAUUUGAUGAAUCAUCAACAGCAGCAACCUAGUAGUGUAAGUAAUAACAAUAGUGAUAUGAUGGGUUUAUCCAUGGGGUCCACUAUACACCAGCAUCAUCAGCAACAACAACAAAAUGUAAAUUCCAUUGUAAUGAACAUAAAACCGGAUUAUGGAUUGACAGCUCUGUAAAAGAAUUGAAAUCUUUGAAGAAAUCUAAUAUUUUGCUUUGAUUCGAAAAAAUGAAUCAAUCGAAAUUCAAUUGGACUAAAUGCUUUGAAGGCAUAUUUUCAAAUCUUGUGUGUGUUGUAUAAAUAACAAAAAAAAAAAAAUCGUGCGCGUGAAAAUGUAGGAGAACAAACAAAAUAAGAAAAAAAAAAUUGAAAUUAGACAAAUUCAACUACUGGAACGCAAAACUAUUUUUUGAUGAUUUCGAACGAGUUUAUAAAUUAAAAUAUUGAAAUUUGAUUGGAUAUAUCCAAGGAAGGACACCGAAUUUUCUUUGUGUCAUCUUGCGUUAGUAAACUAUAGAUUGUGUAAAAGUUAAAUUUAUUUUUAAAAUUAGAAAAAGAAUUUCGACAAAUUUUUUGUAAGACAAAUUUGAAUGAAUGUGCCAUAUUGCUGUAUUUGGAAGAGUUAUAAUAGGGCGCGCGGUAUAUAUAUGUUUUUGUUGUCAGCGGCAAAUAUGUCGAUACUUUGAGCGGAAAAUUUAAUCGUUGGAUUGGAAUCAAAAUUUAAUUUAAUUUUUAUUUCUUUAAAUCAAAACCAUCGGCAAACAAUUUCAUUUUGAUUACCUCAUCACAAUGCUGAAGAACUGAUCACACGAUUAAAUUUGCUGGUAUAAUGCGACUGUUGUCUUUCAGCAAACAUAUUUCACUUGGAGCAUUUGAAUUGUUUUUUUUUUGUUUCUUUUUUUGGGUAAGUUGCUAAUAACAUUUUUCGAUUUCCUUCAUUCGAGCAGUAUGUUGAAAACAUUUCGA